UAUUUUGGUGCGGCGCUGUGACGUCAUACGUCUGCGCUGCGCUCCUGCAUCUGUUGUGAUUCUGCUGAAGAAAGAGAAAAAGCUCCUGCUGAGAUCCACACACUAUUAUAAAGAUGGCACUGAUUAAGGAGGAGAGUGAAGACGUGAAGAUUGAAGACGUGAAGACUGAAGAAACAUACACGGUCAAACAUGAAGAUACUGAAGAACAAACAGACCUCAUGCCACUGAAAGAGGAGUGCAUAGUACCAAAUGAAACGGAAGAGAAAGAACGAUAUGAGACUCAUCAUGAUUUUAUAACUGGAGAAGAAUCUUUCAGUCGGCCACAGACUAAAGAGACUUUCUCACAGAAAACAGAUCAUAAAACAGAAACAAAUAGUUGUUUCACCCCUAGUCACUGUGAAAAGAGUUUCGAUGGACAUGGAAACCUUAAACUCCACGUGGGAGUUCACACUGGAGGGAAGCUUUUCACCUGCCAACAGUGUGGAAGAAGUUUCAGUAGAAAAGGAGACCUUAACAGGCACAUGAGAGUUCACACUGGAGAGAGCCCUUUCACCUGCCAACAGUGUGGAAAGAGUUUUACUCAAAAAGUAAGUCUUAACAGGCAUAUGAGAAUUCACACUGGAGAGAAACCUUACACCUGCCCUGAGUGUGGAAACAGUUUCGAUCAGCAUAGUAGCCUUAAAGUGCAUAUGAGAAUUCACACUGGAGAGAAGCCUUACACCUGCAAACAGUGUGGAGUCAGUUUCACUCAUAAAGGAAACCUUUACAGGCACAUGAGAAUUCACACUGGAGGGAAGCCUUUCACUUGCCACAAGUGUGGAGAGAGUUUCGAUCAACAUGAAAACGUUAAAGUCCACAUGAGAAUUCACAAUGGAGACAAGCCUUUCACCUGCCAACAGUGUGGAAAAAGUUUUAAUAGAAAAGGAGACCUUAACAGGCACAUGAGAAGUCACACUGGAGAGAAACCUUACAACUGCUCUGUGUGUGGAAAGAGUUUUGGUCUAUAUAAAUACCUUAAAGUGCACAUGAGAAUUCACACUGGAGAGAAGCCUCACACUUGCAAACACUGUGGAGUCAGUUUCAGUCAUGAAGGAAACCUUAACAGGCACGUGAGAGUUCACACUGGAGGGAAGCCUUUCACCUGCUCUGAGUGUGGAAAGAGUUUUGAUCGCAAUGGAAACCUUAAAGCACAUCUAAGAAUUCACACUGGAGAGAAACCAUACUCCUGUCUUCAGUGUGAAAAGAGUUUUACUCAAAAAAUAAGCCUUAAAGUCCACAUGAGAGUUCACACUGGAGAGGGUUGUUUUUCUGCAAACAGUGUGGAAUGAGCUUCAUUAAAAAAGGAUUCCUUAAUAGACAUAUGAGAAUUCACGCUGGAGAAAAGCGUUAAGUGUGUGAUCAGUGUGGAAAAAGUUUCAACCGAAAAGGAAAUCUUGACAGGCACAUGGGAAUUCACACUAGAGAAAAAGCUUAUCCAUGCCCUCAGUGUGGAGAGAGUUUCGACCUACAUGGAAGCCUUAAAGCCCACAUGAGAGGUCACACUGGAGAGAAUCCCUUCACCUCCAAACAGUGUGGAAGAAGUUUUACUCAAAAAGGAAACCUUAACAAGCACAUGAGAAAAUUACACUGAAUAUAUUAAACAAACUUGAUCAACACAUGAGGAUUAAUUUGAGAGAACUGUUUUAUGUCAUCAGUGUGGAAGGAGUUAGAUUUGUGGUACUUGAUCUUGGACUUGGGCUCAAGUCUAAGCUUGAGUCCAAUUAUUAACAAUGGAUUAGAC